AUGAGUCUUUCACUAGUCCAUGCGGGGUUGUUCUGUGCAACCCUGGCGCGGUCGGGCUUCUCCGGCGCCAUGCUCCCGCCCUCCACGCGAGCCGGUGCUUCUGCUGCGCUCCGGGCGACGGAAGCGCUCGGAGCUGGUGGGUGCCAACGCUCAAGUCUUGGUGGGUUCAGUGGGCCGUCAGCGGUGGCCGCCCUGUGCACCAGCCUUCCAGUGGCGAGGACGCUGGCACGAAGGCGCAGACUGUCCCGCCCUUCUGGCAGGUGUGCCGCACGGAGGCCGACGCUCUGUGACGAUGGCGAUGAGAUUUGCGAAUUCGUCGAGGACCAGAGAAGCACGCAGCUGGAGCAAGAGAAUGAGGUGCUGAGAGUCUCCAAAGCUUGGGCCGAAGGCACCUGGGCAGCUGAUUGGGGGCCGGAAGGCCCCGUGGGGCUCGGCUGGGCGACGGCCAUGGUGCCCGAUGCGGAUCGAAGGCGAUCGAGGAAAGUGCCCACACGAAGUGACGGUUUUCGUUUUGAUGACGCCUUGACGGCUCAAACAGUUCUCCGAGUGGUUUUGCCCACCGUGGGCGCCGUCUUCGGCGGUGCGGCGAUCUAUGGACCAAUCUGCCUGUGGCUGCAGGACAACCUGGACAUUGCCGACACUGGUCGGGGUCCGAUCUUGCAGCUACUGGCCGUGGACCAAAGCCAGUUCAUGCAAAAUUUCUUGACCGUGAAUGGCCUGCUCUUCACGAUCCUUUGUGGUAAUACCUACACCUCCUUGUACACCCAGCAAGAGGUGCUUUUCCAGGCCUUGUUCAUAGAGGUCUCUGAAGCGAAGAGCUUGCUUGAGCAAGCUUGCCUGGUUUGUCAGGGGAGGCCGUUCUAUCCAAAGAUGUUAGAUGCUGGGACGCACAAGUUGGCGAGGUCGGACCACCGGCCGAGAGAGUUGGUCGAAAGGCAGUCCCGGCAAGAGACCUCACUGUGCAAGUUCUCAGUCUUCAAAGGGCGAAGAAUCUCUGACUCUUUGGUUUCACUGGACAGCAUCAGAGACUACGUCUCCACGGACCUCAGGCGGUUGGACGUCGAGCCGGCGGAGCUGCUGACGAAUCGGCCCAUGGACGAUCCCCUGGAGUAUAUCCUUUAUGCCACUUCGGUGGGAGUGCCUUCCAUCAUCUACGAUACCAUCCGGGACCUGCGCCAGGCGCGCGGCCAGCGUUUGGGCGCCAUGCAGCGGAAGCUGCCGGCCAUCCACUUCGUGCUGUUAUACGUCUUGGGGAUUUUAGAGCUCAUGGCUUUCCCCCUGCUGGGCGCUGGCACCUUUUCCAUGGCCCCGGACGAGAAGAUCCUGAGCAUCCAAGCCCUUUUCUUUGGUGCGAUGAGCGGUGCCAUUGUGAUGACCCUGCAGGUGAUUUUCGAGUUGUGGAAACCCUUCGGCGGUGCAUACACCGUGGACACGGCGCUCUCGCGAAUGGUGGCUGGGUUGGAAGAGGAGCUCCGCGUCCGCAAAGCGCUGUGGCAGCCCAACGACGCGGCGCCCGCGCCGGCCGCCGCCGCACAAUGGCGGGACGACUAUGACUAUGAUCCGCCCUGAGAACCAAGCCGAGGGCUGGCAUUUUUGCUUGCCCAUUGAGCAGGAAGCUACGAAGCCCUAGGAGCACUCCCCGGGUUUCCUCAACGUUGUUUGUUGGUCCACAGCUCAGGUCAAGC